UGCUCUUUCCCGUGUUCCUGUUCUUGUCCGGUCCUGCCAUGGCCCUGCGGCGGGUGCUGGCGCUGGGGACAGCCCUGGGGCGCCGCAGCUGCUGCUCCAAGCCCUCGCUGCCGCCCGACUUUGUGGAGGCCCUGAGCGCCGUGGUCGGGGCCCCCAACGUCUCCACGGCCACGGCGGUGCGGGAGCAGCACGGCCACGAUGAGUCCAUGCACCCCUGUGCCCCCCCGGACGCCGUGGUGUGGCCCCAGUCGGUGGGGCAGGUCCAGGAGUUGGCCGCGCUCUGCUACCGCCGCCGUGUGCCCAUGGUGCCCUUUGGCACCGGCACCGGCCUCGAGGGCGGUGUCAAUGCCGUGCAGGGCGGCGUCUGCUUCGACCUGAGCCGCAUGGACACCAUCGCGGAGCUGAGCCUCGAGGACUUCUCGGUGACAGUGGAGCCCGGUGUCACCCGCAAGGCCCUCAACAGCCACCUGCGUGGCACCGGGCUCUGGUUCCCUGUCGGUACCGUGGGCGUGGUGGGGCCAUGGGGCCGGGGGUCACACCACUGACAGUACGGGCAGAGAGGACGCCUUUGGGCUGGGGAUGCUGGGGGGUCUACGGGUCUGCCAUGGUCCCUGAGUUGUAGCAGGGAUGCCCCGAGGACUGAGAGUGCCAUGGACCCAGUACUCUGGGGUCCACAUGAGGCUGGGGUGCUGGUGUCCCAAAGGUGGUGGAAGGGAUGGGUGCCCAGGACCACCAAGGCUGGGGGUGAGGGCUACCACCCUCUCUACCACACCAAACCCACAGCCGCCAUGGUGGGCCAUGAAUGUGCUGUGAGAGAUGCCCUCCCCACCCCAAGCCAGGGCCAGAGUGGCCCCACUG